AUGCCGUUGAAUCGCACAUCCUGCGCCGCCGCUGCCGCCGCAGCAGCGGUAUUGCUCUCCAUCAUCAGGGGAGCGGCGGCGGCCGACCAGCCCAACUUUACCAACAGCACCGGCGGCGCCUACGCAGCCUUUGCCAACAAGACGAAUGGGUUCUUCCCGCAGCAAACGUUUCGGUCGAGCGACAUUAUCGCGCCCGUGCUACAGGUAAAUUCGUGGGACAAGACACAGACGGAUGGCUCGUCGUACAUCUUUAUCGGCGCGACGUACGGGGACAACAGGUCGGCGCCCAUGAUUCUGAGCGGCAAGGACCUGAGCCUCGUAUACGCGGACCAGCAGCAAUUCAGCCAGGUAUACGCGUCGUCGGCGCAGACGUUCAACGGCACCAGAUAUCUCACCUUUUGGGAGGGCGCGAGUGGCAGCAACGACGGCACGGAUGGCCACUGGCUCAUGUACGAUGGCAAGUAUGAGCUCAAGUACAACCUGACAGCCAAGGGCUCGAGGAAUAUUCUUCGCAACGACGUGCCCGAGAUGCGCGUCACGAGAGAGAAUACCAUCCUGCUGGCCACGUAUGAGACGGUCAGCUUUGACUGCUCUGCUGUGGGAGGGCCUGCGGAAGCACCGCUACAAGAUGGUGGCUUCCAAGAGAUUGAUCCAGCGACGAACAAGGUCAUUUUCGAAUGGAGUGCACGCGAGCACUUUGACCUGAGCGAUUCAUUUGCAACAUACGACGUGGAUUUUGGAGUUGGCUCCCCUGGAGGAUUUGACUUUUUUCAUCUCAGCUCCGUUGAAAAGUCAGAAAAUGGAAACUACUUAAUCUCCAGCAGUCACUUUUCCACCGUUGCCCUGAUUCACGGCCAAGACGGCAGCGUCAUCUGGACUCUUGGAGGCAAAAACAGCGACUUUAAAGACGUUGACGGCGGCAACGCCACCAGCUUUGCCUGGCAGCACGAUGCCCAGCUGAUUGGCAACGACGAACUCGUCCUGUUUGACAAUCACCUGCGCGCCACCGAGCGAGGCUGCAGCGGAAACAACAACAACAACAACAACAACAACAACAACAACAACAACAACAACAACAACAACAGUAAUAAUAACGACAACUGUGCAGCAUCCCGCGGUUUGCGUCUGCGGCUGGACCAGGAGCAAAAGACGGUUGCGCUGGUCAAGGAGUACUGGCAUCCCGAGGGCCGUUUCAACUCGAGCCGCAUGGGAGGCGGCGGCGGCGGUGGCAGCAUGCAGAUGCUCAAGGAGGGCCAUGUCAUGAUUGCGUGGGGCGGCAAUCCGGCCUUUGUAGAGUAUGACAAGGCCGGCCGGCCCGUCAUGGACGUCGAGCGCGGUCGAGUCGGCGGUGGGCAGCGAGAAGGCGACAUGCAUGCGUACCGCGUCGGGCGGCACCGAUGGCAGGGCGAGCCGUCCUGGCCGCCUAGCGUUGCGGUCGACGCGCCGUUGAAGAGCACGUCCAACGCGACUGUAUAUGUCUCUUGGAAUGGCGCCACCGAUGUCGCGCAAUGGGCUAUUCUUGCUUCAGACACGGCCGACACCGUCAGCCACUACAAAAACGUCAUUGCGCAGACGAACCGCACCGGCUUCGAAACGCAAAUCGUCCUCCCCGACGGCGGCGGCGGCGGCGUCGUCUCGCGUCGCUACAUUGGCGCCGCUGCCAUCUCGGCGAGCGGCGACGUCAUGGGCGCUUCGUUUGUGUACGACAUGCGCACGGGAAAAGCCGUUAUGCAGUCGAGCGGAAUCACAACCAUUCGUCCCCCGGUCAAGGCGACGGCGGCGGCUGGCGCCAUGGGCGGUUCCAUCUUUGGCAUCUCGAUGCUGUUUUAUAUUGGCAAUUAUUUUUGGCGGAAAAGGGGGGGGGCAUCCUCCUCCUCGGCGGUGCCGUUGUUGGAGCAUACGACGGCGUAUGAAAAGGUUGGCAACGCUGUUUGA